AUGAAUCAAGACAAAUCAACACCAUUCGCCUACGAAAGCGACAUCUACAAAGCCGGUCUCAAAGGCGAGAAACCCAAAAUCACAUUCAACCCUCUACAAUGGGAAUCUCUAGCCAAGGAAUGCCUAUCAGCCGAUAGUUUUGGCUACGUGGGAGGCUCAGCUGGCACAGGCGAAACAAAUGAGAACAAUCGCACCGCAUUCAAGAAAUGGGCAAUCGUACCAUCCCGCAUGGUAGACUCCAACUUCCCGAAUUUGAAGACCUCCCUCUUCGGUGAAGAAUACGACUACCCAAUCGCGCUUGCACCAGUAGGCGUGCAGAAGAUCUUUUACCGAGAAGGAGAAGUGGCCGCUGCCAAGGCGGCGAAUGCUGAGAAUGUCACUUAUAUCUUGAGCACGGCGUCGUCGACAAGUAUUGAAGAUGUCGCAACGGCGAAUAGCACCGGCCCACGCUGGUAUCAGCUUUACUGGCCCUCUAAUGAGCACUUGGAUAUCACCGCUAGUUUGCUGAGAAGAGCAAAGGCUUCCGGGUAUAAGGUGCUCGUUGUCACGCUUGACACGUACAUUCUUGGGUGGCGGCCUAGUGAUCUGGAUAAUGGGUACAAUCCUUUCCUGCGGCCGGAUAAUAUCGGUGUGGAAUUGGGGUUCUCGGAUCCUGUUUUCCAGGAGUAUUUCCGGAAAAAGCAUGGCGUGUCCAUUGAGGAUGAUAUUUCUACGGCUGCGGCUGAAUGGGCGCAUAUAAUUUUUCCCGGGAAGAGUCAUGGGUGGAAUGAUCUCCAAUAUCUGCGUGAGCAUUGGGAUGGUCCGAUUGUUUUGAAGGGGAUUCAGACUGUUGCGGAUGCUAAGAAAGCGUGUGAGCAUGGUGCUCAGGGUAUUGUGGUGUCGAAUCAUGGUGGGCGACAGCAAGACGGGGGGAUUGGGUCAUUGGAUGUAUUGCCUGAGAUUGUGGAUGCCGUUGGAGACGACAUUGAGGUUUUGUUUGAUUCUGGAGUACGGUGCGGCGCGGAUGCCGUGAAGGCUUUGGCUCUUGGUGCGAAAAUGGUUCUGGUUGGUAGACCCUAUGUAUAUGGAUUGGCGAUUGGAGGCGAGGAUGGGGUCCGUCAUGUGUUGAAGAGCAUCUUGGGAGAUCUCCAGUUGACAUUGCAUCUUUCUGGGAUUCCAGAUGUAUCCAAGGAGAGUUUGAACAGGUCAGUGCUACGACAAACUAAAUAG